GGACUUUCAAGUCGCUGUCUCCGCCCCGCCGCGGGGAAGACUGCGCUUAUAAAGUCGGCCGGCUCGGUCCCCGCUUCAGGUCCCCGCGCUCCUCGUCUCGGCGUGUCCCGUCUCCGCCAUGGCCCGCACGAAGCAGACCGCCCGCAAGUCCACCGGCGGCAAGGCCCCGCGCAAGCAGCUGGCCACCAAGGCUGCCCGCAAGAGCGCGCCGGCCACGGGCGGCGUGAAGAAGCCGCACCGCUACCGGCCCGGCACCGUGGCGCUGCGCGAGAUCCGGCGCUACCAGAAGUCGACCGAGCUGCUGAUCCGCAAGCUGCCGUUCCAGCGCCUGGUGCGUGAGAUCGCGCAGGACUUCAAGACCGACCUGCGCUUCCAGAGCUCGGCCGUCAUGGCGCUGCAGGAGGCGAGCGAGGCCUACCUGGUGGGGCUGUUCGAGGACACGAACCUGUGCGCCAUCCACGCCAAGCGCGUCACCAUCAUGCCCAAGGACAUCCAGCUGGCCCGCCGCAUCCGCGGGGAGCGGAACAUGGCUCGCACGAAGCAGACCGCCCGCAAGUCCACCGGCGGCAAGGCCCCGCGCAAGCAGCUGGCCACCAAGGCUGCCCGCAAGAGCGCGCCGGCCACGGGUGGCGUGAAGAAGCCGCACCGCUACCGGCCCGGCACCGUGGCGCUGCGCGAGAUCCGGCGCUACCAGAAGUCGACCGAGCUGCUGAUCCGCAAGCUGCCGUUCCAGCGCCUGGUGCGUGAGAUCGCGCAGGACUUCAAGACCGACCUGCGCUUCCAGAGCUCGGCCGUCAUGGCGCUGCAGGAGGCGAGCGAGGCCUACCUGGUGGGGCUGUUCGAGGACACGAACCUGUGCGCCAUCCACGCCAAGCGCGUCACCAUCAUGCCCAAGGACAUCCAGCUGGCCCGCCGCAUCCGUGGGGAGCGGGCCUGA